AUUUCUCUUCCUCCCAACCUCCUUAUCAGCUUACCUUCUGGCAAAGACCGUUUAAUCCCGUAUAAAUAUACACACGUAACUAACUAUGCACAACAGAAAUAUGCAUAUACUCAAAUUCCGCAAACCCCCCAAUCUCUUGUAAUUUCUUUAACUUGGCUUUUCUCCUGUUAAUCAAGAAAAUGCUAUAUAUAGUUCUCUGCCUUAUCCGUCGCAUUCAAUAUUCUAUAUAGCUCCCCUAAUUCCCGGUUAUCUUAAACCUCUUCUUCAUCUGCUCUUGAUCUCAUCACCACUUACAACUUACCAAGUUCGUGUGAGUUACAUUCCUCUCUGCUUCAAAAUAGUUCUACAUAACAUAAGGAAGUUUUCAGAGAUGGGAAAGUCAUUUCAUGUUGAGUUCGAUGUGUCUGAUCCCAGUCUUCGUUUCUACGUGUGCCGUAUCUGCCAAAACCAUGUCGCUCUCACCCAAGAUUUCAGCCUUAACUACACGCCAGCAAGCGGGGUGACUGGAGGUGUAUUUGAUAAAGUGGUGAAUGUGCAUGUAAACGAAGCAGAGCAGCAGAGGCAACUUGGUCCUCACACAGUAGCAGAUGUCUACUGUAAUAAAUGCGAGAAUCUUCUCGGAUGGAAAUUUGUUGAAGUAUUUGAAGAGGAUCCAGUGGCAAGAAAAGACAUGGUCAUGUUGCAAAUGGGGAAGCUACAGGAAUGGAAUGGAAACCAAAUAGAAGAAGCAGUGGAACCAAUCACAAAUACAGCUACAGGAAGCACCAGUAGUCGAAGAAAUAUAAACCGACCAAAGCAUCGAAAACUCUUGCAAGGAGAUCUCUUGAAGAAAUCAAUUGACUUCUAUAGAAGAUGAAACUUCAGACGCCCUUUGCUUUGUAUUUUUCCCUAUUUUUCCUCACUGUCUAUCAUGAACUUUCUAUAAUUCUUUCCAUUGCUAUAUGUACCCUACUAUGGUGUUGCAACAUUCCACACCCGUGAUUGAACAACAAGGAUUUACACACUUUCCUUCUGCUAAACGAGGGAUUUAUACAGUUUCUUUUUGC